AUGGAUCUUGACUGGUGCCUCACUUGCUCUCAACACACUUCGGGAACACUUUAUUGCUCAGAUGCUUGCCGUUUGCAAGACAUUUCUUACUCCAACAAGAUAACAUCAUCAUCAUCUUAUUCUUUUUACUCAAAAUCGUUCUCUCAUAACUCGUCUCCGCAUUUCCCGACAUACAAUUAUCGUUCCACGAAAAAAACCAUGGCGUCCUCAUCAAUCACACCUCCACCCACACCUUCACCUACAUCAGCGAUUUCGACAGCGUUAUUUGAUCACUCGGGAAGUAAGGAUAGUUCUUACCAGUCUUCUAAUGAUGAAAAUGUGAUUGCAGCUGCGCAAUAUACAAAGACGCUUCCGUGGGUGAAUCAACGACAACAACAAUCGACUGUGCAAAGAUUGUCCGUAUUUACUUGA